UGGUGAGGGCGGGGUCAGCUCUACGGCUGAAAUUGGCCGCUGCGCGAAGAUGCUGCUGGACCUGUCGGAGGAGCACAAGGAGCACCUGGCCUUCCUGCCGCAAGUGGACAGCUCGGUGGUCGCCGAGUUUGGGAGGAUUGCAGUGGAGUUCCUGAGGCGAGGCUCGAACCCCAAGAUAUACGACGGCGCCGCCAGAAAACUCAAUGUGAGUCGUGACACUGUCCAGCAUGGUGUGGAAGGAUUAACUUACCUCCUCACUGAAAGCUCAAAGCUCAUGAUUUCUGAACUGGAUUUCCAAGACUCUAUUUUUGUUCUGGGAUUCUCUGAAGAAUUGAAGAAAUUGUUGCUUCAGCUGUAUCUGGACAACAGAAAGGAGAUCAGAACUAUUCUUAGUGAAUUGGCACCAGACUUUCCCAGUUACCACAGCCUUGAAUGGCGACUAGAUGUACAGCUUGCAAGCAGAAGCCUCAGGCAACAGAUAAAACCAUCAGUGACUAUAAAGCUACACCUUAACCAGAAUGGAGAUCGCAACACUCAAGUUCUACAGACAGACCCAGCCACCCUGCUGCAUUUGGUUCAGCAGCUGGAACAAGCAUUGGAGGAGAUGAAAACAAACCACUGCAGGAGAGUCAUGCGCAAUAUCAAGUAGUCCCGGUUUUAAGAUUAAUUCCCUUUGAAGUACUUGUGAAUUAAUGAUAUGCAGCAGUUACUUUUAAAAACCUUUCUUUAUUAAUUGAUGGUGAUAACUACAUAUAGAUUCUAUGAAAGUUCUUUUCCUAUGACAAGAUGUGAGGUCAUGUUCAAAGGCUAACAUAAAGUUCCUUUCCUGGUGCUAAAUGUGGCCACCUUCUUGACAAAUUAACAUGUAUUUUAUAUUUUAAAUGUGUAAAUAAGAUUGAAUCGAUGGGAAAUGAAUCUCUAGUGUUCAUAUUGUCUGUAUAUAUGAAUGACUAUUAUUUCUUUAGUACUUCUUUUGACUGCUUAACUUUGUUAUUUUCCUCCUUAUUGACCAAAAUGUGAAAGUAAAAUUCAUAGUAUUACUCUUAUCAUUCUGAAUGUUUCUAGACAAUUCAGUGUUUUCGACCUUUGAAAGCAGCCCAUGGAUGCUAAUAGCCACAGGAUAGUUGGAAAUAAAGAUAACAUUUUUAAAAUGCUA